UGUAUAAAUAAAAAUAAAAAAUAAAAAUAGUAUAUAUGUAGCGUUGCUAAAAAGCCAAAAGAAAUGGCAAAAAAUAAAGAAAAAGAAAAAAAAUAAAGUGUCAAAGGCUACUUAAAGAAGAAAAGGAAGUCAAGGGCAUAUGCAUGCUUCAUCAGCAUCGCCGCCACCUUACCUUUCAUCGUUGCAUGCUGCAUGCACCCACGAUAGUGCAUUUCUGAGUAGGCUAUCGGCCUCCUUCAUGCUCCUCCUCACACUAACCUAUACAUAUAUAAUAUAUAUCUACACUACUACACUAUUAUAUAUAUAUAUAUGCACAAACACACAUAUCAUGUAUUCUCAUGCAGUAGUGAAACCAAAAGGGACUUACAAUGAUUGUAAAUUAUGUGGAUUCACCUCCCUCAUACUUCGAUGCUGGUCUCGACCACACGAGGAACCUCCCCGACGAGUGUUUGUCCUCCAUUUUCACCUUCCUCCGCGGCGGUGACAGGAACUGCUGCUCUUUGGUCUGUCGGCGUUGGUUGCUGGUGGAGGGACAAUCCCGGCACCGCCUCUCUCUCAUUGCUGUAGCCGACUUGUGCUUUUCGGUCCCAUCCUUGCUCUCUCGCUUCACUGCCAUCACAACCCUAACCCUAAAAUGUGACCACAAUGUUAGCAUCGGAGACGAUGCUCUGUCUCUGAUCUCACUCCAUUGCCUCAACCUCACAUCCCUGAGUCUCCGCAAUUGCAGAGAAAUCACGGAACUAGGCAUGGCGGCUUUGGCUCAGAACUGUGCUAGUUUGAAGAAACUCUCGUGUCAUUCGUGUUCGUUUGGCGCCAAAGCCAUGAACACGGUGUUGAGCAGCUGUGCUCUGGAGAAGUUCUCGGCCAAGCGCCUCCAAGGCAUCGAUAGCGGGAUCGAUGCCGAGCCGAUCAGACCCGGUGUGGCGGCUUCGUCUCUCAAGAAGAUCUGCUUGAAGGGAAUUCUCAACGGCCAGUGUUUCAGACCGCUCAUCAUUGGAUCCAAGAAGUUGAAAUUGCUCAAACUCCUCUGGUGUUUCGGAGACUGGGACGGCCUUUUGAAAUCAAUCUCAGACCGAUCUUCCAUGGUGGAAAUCCAUCUCAAAUGGAUUAGAGUUAGCAAUAUUGGCCUCGCGGCAAUUUCAAAUUACUCGAAUUUGGAAAAGCUGCACAUUGCGAGGGCUAAGGGGCUUGAAAACCAGAUCGAUGACAGAGGCUUAGUGGCGAUCGGUGAGCGAUGCAAAAAGCUUCGGGAGCUGAUUGUUGUCGGUGCUAAUCCGACUUGUUUGAGUUUAAAGCUGAUUGCUACUAAUUGCUGUGAUUUGGAGAAAGUGGCGCUGUGUAUGAGUGAGACUGUUGGAGACGAAGAAUUGCAGUGCAUUGCAGCUGAAUGCAGGGCCUUGAAGAUGCUCUGUAUCAAAGACUGUCCCGUGUCAAAUCACGGCUUGGAAGCAAUUGUGAAUGGCUGUCCCAGUCUUGUUAAACUGAAGGUCUCGUGGUGCAGGAAUGUGACCAGUGAGGUUGCAGAUGUGUUGAGGGCAAAAAGGGGAUCAUUGGCUUUUGUUCUGGAUGCUGUGGAAGCUGAGGAUGAAGAUUCAAGCUCGUGUGAUGAAUCUGAUGAUAUUUACCCUGUUCCAAUGGCAACCCGACUUGUAGAAAUCCCCGGAGGUGAAGACUGAAGCUAGUCAUGCAAGCAAAAUCAAGAAUGCUUAGCUUACUAACAUGGAGUCAUAGACAAUCCUGAUCUAGUACCGUCACAAACCGUAUCCAUUUAAUAUAAAUAAACAAAUAAGAGACAGAAGACUCAAGAAUGCAAGUGCUCAAAUUCAAACUUUAGAACGGAUCAUCCAAGCAUGAUGGUUAAAGGAUUAAUCAAGAAAUAGCUCUUAUUAUUGAUAGAAAAGUGCGAUUAAAUCCACAUAGAAGGAGAAAAAUCUUCUCCUCUCUGUUGAUCAAUCACUGAUCAGUUUACUAACUGUACUACAACAUUCAAUCAAAGCAACACUUUGUGCAGUAGAAUCCUUGAAAAUAAUAUUUUGAAUGCA